AUGGCGACGGCAGAGUCGGCUCUCGAGACCCUCUUCUACCUUUACCCGUUGCUGCUCACCCUCACCUUGAUCGGGGCGCAAUGUCUUUUGUUCCGCCGCAGUCGGCGUCGAGAGGCGGCGCGCGUCGCCUCUCCCGCCCCGUCCGAGCAUGAGCCCGAGCCGCAGCUUGAGCGCGCUCGACGCACCUGCGCGUGGCUGAUAUGGACACUCCAGCUUUUCCACUCCGCCUUGUCGCUCGCCAGCAUCACUUUGACGGUGAAGCAGGCGCUCGCUGACCCGGACCCGGGCGGCGACGCCCCCGGAACGACUGCGUUCCCCUUCAGUGCAUACCUGGCCUCCUACGUUGCUGUUCUGCUUUACUUCCUGGCCGGAAUGCUUCCCGACCCCGAAGGUCCCUGGAACCCAACCGCGGCGCAUUGCUCGGCCUGGAUCGCCGGCGCCCUGGUCGAAGCCGUCGUGGCUGCCGUCUUGUCCUCCGCAAAGGCGCAUCUGGCUGUGCCGGCGGCCUUUGUUGAUGCGCUGACCGCGCUGGGGGCAUCCAGGGUCGCAAUCCUGGUCCUCAUGGCCGCCGUUCUCCUCGCCAGGGAGCGCAAGCUGACGCGGUCCGCGCCCAAAUCUCUGCCAGAGGAACGCCGGCCCCUGCUGGGAAACGGCAACGCGCCGCCCGGCAGCUAUGCCGCGGUUCAGAACGCCAGGCCCGGGGCAGACGCGGCCGAGAAGUCGCCGCCGCCGCCGGCGGGCAUGAGCUGGCUCACCUACGUCGCCAGUUUCCGAGUCCUGUUUCCCUAUCUCUGGCCCAAGGACUCCCCGCUCCACCAGGCCGUCGUCGUCGUGUGCGUGGCCUUGCUCAUGUGCCAGCGCGUCGUCUACGUCCUGGCCCCGUUGCAGCUGGGGGCUCUCGUCGACGCCCUCGGCAGAGGCCGCAUCCCGUACAAGGACAUGGUCCUCUUCGUCGCCUACCGCUACCUGCAGGGCAACCAGGGGGCCAUCGGCGCCCUGCGGUCCGUCCUCUGGAUCCCCGUGUCCCAGUCCCUCUUCCGCAGGCUGUCGGCCGCCGCGUUCGAGCACGUCCUCGGGCUGUCCCUCGAGUUCCACCUCGGCAAGAAGGUCGGCGAGGUCACCAGCGCGCUCAGCCGUGGCGCCGCGACCAACACCUUCCUCGAGCUCUUCUGCUUCCAGGUGCUCCCCAUGAUCUUCGACAUCUUCUUCGCAGGCGUCGUCUUCUUCGCCAAGUACGACGCCUUCUACACCGUCAUCGUCUUCUUCAUCAUGUGGUCCUACAUCUUUCUCACCCUCUACCUGGUCAAGUAUCGCGGCAGGCAGAGGAGAGACAUGACGGCCAAGACGCGCGACAUGGAGGCCAUCAGGACCGACGCCAUCAUCGCCUACGAGACGGUGCAGCACAACUGCGCCAUCCCCCGCGAGACCCAGAGGUUCAAGGACCACGUGCUCGUCUUCCAACGCGCCGAGCGCCUGGUCCAGUGGUCGCUCAACGGCCUCAACAUCGUCCAGAGCUCCAUCUUCACCCUCGGCACCGCCCUGCUCGUCGCCGUGUCGGCGUACAAGAUCUCCAUCGGCGAGCAGACGGUCGGUGAGUUCGUCACCCUGAUCAACUAUUUCGUCCAGCUCCAGGGGCCGCUCAGCUUCUUCGGCACCUACUACACCAUGCUCCAGAACAAUCUCAUCGAGGCCGAGCGCCUCCUGGACCUGUUUAAAGAGACGUCGGGCAUCGUGGAAAAGCCAGACGCCGUCUCUCUACCCUCCGCAAGAGGAGAGGUUUCCUUUAGAAAUGUCACGUUUUCGUAUCCGGUCAAGAACCGCGAGCCCGUGCUCGACGGCGUCAGCUUCACCGUUGCACCGGGCACCAAGACCGCCCUCGUUGGAGCGUCUGGUGGUGGCAAGUCAACCUGUCUGAAGCUCCUGUUCCGAUUCUACGACGUCACCGGCGGCUCCAUCACCGUCGACGGCCACGACCUCCGAGAUGUAAAGAUUGACUCUCUCCGCAGGAACAUUGGUGUCGUGCCGCAGGAUACCGUCUUGUUCAACGCGACAAUCAUGUACAACCUGUUGUACGCCUCUCCCAACGCCACCGAGGCCCAUGUCUACGAGGCGUGCAAGGCGGCCAAUAUCCACGACAGCAUCCUCAACUUCCCGGAUGGAUACGAGACCAAGGUUGGAGAGCGCGGUCUCAAACUGUCUGGCGGAGAGCGGCAGCGCAUUGCCAUUGCGCGCGCGAUCCUCAAAGACGCGCCGAUCCUGCUCCUAGACGAGGCCACUGCGUCGCUCGACUCCAAUACCGAGAGAGAGAUCCAGGAUGCUCUCGAGCGCGUCACGUCCGGGCGGACCACAAUCACCAUUGCACAUCGCCUUUCCACCAUAACCACCUCUGAUCAGGUUGUUGUCAUCCAUGAGGGCAAGGUCGUCGAGCGCGGCACCCACGAGGAGUUGCUGGCGCUCCGGGGAAAGUAUCACGCCAUGUGGGAGAAGCAGACGACUAUAGAAAGGAGGGAGAGGGAGAAGAUGGAGCGGCAAGGCGAUGCGUCCGACGCAGCGUCCCGCGAAUCAAGAAGCUAG